AUGAACAAUCGACUGACAGUCAUGGGUCAUGGGUCGUAUGAUGAUCAUUUGGAAACCACUGUAUCUGCUGACCCGUCGACCACGUAUCCUCUAUCUGCGGAGCAACUUCAGUUUUACAACGACAAUGGCUACCUGGUCAUCAAGAAACUCAUUGGGAUUCCAGCUCUGAAUAGUUACAGACAACGUUUCACGGAUGUAUGCGAGGGUCGUGUGGAGAAGGGGCGUGUCGCUGUCGUCAAGGAUCGAGCUCUGUGCAAGAACCAAACGAAACCUGAGGAUUUCAUCAAUAAGAUCCAGGAGUUACUGUACGACGAAGUCUACAGCACGUACUCCGAGGACCCUCGCCUGCUGCAUAUAGUGGAGCAACUGAUCGGCCAGGAUAUCACCGCCGUCAACUGCAUGCUCAUCAACAAACCGCCCGGCACCUCCGAACAUCCUCCACACCAGGAUCUCCUCUACUUCCCGUUCCGGCCAGCAGACAAGAUUAUAGCGACCUGGACAGCCAUCGACCCGGUGAACCGGGACAACGGCUGCCUGUACAUGCUUCCGGGGUCACACAAACACAACGUUUUAUAUGAACAUAAAGAUCAAGUCAAUGAAGCCAAGCUGUUUUUCUAUGGCAUCGUGGAAGAAAAGCUAAUAGCACCAGAGCACGAGCGAGUCUACCUGGAUAUGGAGCCAGGCGAUACCGUGUUCUUCGUGUCUAACAUUGUGCAUGGAUCCAGACCUAACAUCUCUAAUUCGUACCGCAAAGCGAUGACAUGCCACUACGCUAGCAGUGAGUGUCACUACAUCGACGUGGUGGGCACUCCGCAGCAAAACAUCGCCGAGCACAUGGAGGCCGAGCUGAAGAGGCGAGGAGGAGACCUCAGCUAUGUUGAUCUUUGGCGAAUUAAAACCAAGCAAGUGAGAGGUGUAAGAAGCAACCUCUAA